AUGGUGAAUACAGGAAUGCAACUGAUCAGCUUCACCUGUGCCGUAACAGGCUGGGUGAUGGCUAUCUCCGUGACAGCACUACCUCAGUGGAAGGUCUCAGCUUUCAUUGGGCCCAACAUCCUCACCUCAGAGAUUGUGUGGCAGGGUAUCUGGAUGAGCUGUAUCUAUCAGACUACUGGCCACAUGCAGUGCAAAACUUAUGAUUCUUUGCUAGCCCUGCCUGCAGAUAUCCAGGCAGCCCGCGCACUGAUGUGCACAGCCAUCUUCCUGGGCUGGCUGUCCUGCACAGUGUCCUGCUGUGGCAUGAAGUGCACCACAUGUGCCGGGGAUGAUCGUCAUGUCAAGGCUGGCAUAGCACUGUCUGGCGGGGUGCUCUUCAUCCUCACAGGCGUGUGCGUGCUGAUCCCCGUGUCGUGGGUAGCCAACACAGUUGUGCGGGACUUCUACAACCCCAACAUCCCCAUCCAGAACAAACGUGAGCUGGGCCAGGCCAUCUAUCUGGGCUGGGCGGCUUCUGUCAUCCUUAUUAUCAGUGGCGCAGUGCUGAGCAGCACCUGCCCGAACAUGGAGAAGGAAGCCUACAGGCGGGGCUACUCUGGCCGGAGCUUUGCUAACACCAGACAUUCUCCACUGGAUUCCCCCAAACCCAUCACCACUAACAGUAUGCCCCUCAGGGAAUACGUAUGA